CUGUAUUUAGCAUCCUUUCAAGAAAGGUGUCUUAUUUUCGAUUUCAGCAUUUCUAUUACUUUCUAUAAUUACUUGAUUACAAGUUUUUUUGGGGAAUUCUCCUAUCCAUUUCCAAAACAUCUUUAAACGAAUGCGUAAAAAAUUGUUUUGCCACUUUAUUGCCAAUCCUCUAAUACUUAUUUACCAAACCGUCAUAUUCCCUUUUGCAUUUUUCUCUUGUCACAUUUUCCUCUUUCUUGUCUUCCUUCUGUUGUAGUUUUUCAUUAUUUUUUUAAUGCAUAAAGUAUUCAAUAUUGUGUAAGGAAGAAAGUCAAUAUCUUUUUCAAUCUCGUUAGAGAGGUUGAAUAGAGUAAUUUUGUUAAGAAAAAAUAAGAAUAAAAGCGAAAAAGAGCAAUGUCAAAGUCAAGGAAGUAAAUCAAUAAAUAUUAUAUACAGCUAUGCAUGUACACAACCAUAAAAUUUACCUAUGCAAGAAGCGCAUUGCCUAGAGACGCUGUUAUUAUUGAUUUCCAUCCAGCUAGCCAUAGCCAGAAAAAUAAAUUAUAACUAUUAAUUUAUCUACAGAAUGUCUAUGAAAAAGUUACUAAGAAGAACUGAUUCUAUUACAAUCCGUUUGGAUACAAACGAAAAGAGACGCCAAAGUAUACCUCCAGUAAGUAUUUGUGAAAAACCAGAAAAGCCAUCAGUGGCAUCUGGGUCCUGCCCAAAUUUGAAUGAGCGGGAGCAAGUUAAUAAAACGGCAAUAAGGCAUUCGAUUUCUUCUGAUGCAAGAUUACAAUAUAAAUCAAUAUCCUCUGGACAGAGAGGACAAAACUUAUUACAAGUUCCUGAUUUAUUUACAACUAGUCAUGAACAUUCUCAAAAUAUGAAAAAACCUUUAGGAAAAUCUUUAUCGGAUUCUCCAAUAUUGAAAAUUUCAAUGAGAUCAUCUGAAUUCCGAGAUGAUAGUGGACUAGGUAGGCCAUUAAUAUUGCCUGUCCUCCGAGAUCAAUUAUAUAUUGGGAAUAGAGAAGCAGCUUUAAACGAAGGAAUGCUCUGUAAAUUUCAAAUUUCCUGCCUAGUCGAUUUGACAAACGAACAAGUUCCACCUUUCUCUAAUAUUCCGUGCCCAUGCGGGGCUGAUAAACAUCCAAGAGCCGCUUUGAGAUUAAACAUAGACUUUAAACAUCAUCAAGAAAUGCUAGAGAAUUUAGAAAAAAUUAACAAAUUUAUUAAAGGAAUUUAGAAUGAAAAAGUUUAUUAUUUAUUAUUGUCACUAUGUACAAGUCAACAUAUUUAUAAAGAUAUAUAUAUACAGUAUAUACAGUACAUAUGUACAUAUGUAUAUAUAGAACAGAUACCUUAAUUAGCUAUUUAAAUUUAGACGCAGAAGCGAUAUAUUUGUAUAUAUAUAUAUUAGAUAUAUACACUCAUAUACAUAUAUUUAUAGCCAUAAUCCUUUGAAAUGAACAAAAAUAGCAUAAGUCUUUUAAUAGAAGAACAGUAUAAAAAAGUACUGGUUUCAUAAAGCAAGAAGAGAAAAGGAAAGAAGAAAAGAAAUGAUUCAUUACUUAAAUUGUAUUUAUUAAGAUGAAAAUAAUAUUUGAAAUAUUAUUUUUACGAUUAAAUUAAGAAAAAACAGGACUUUAUUCUAGUUAAAGGAAAAAUAAAGCUUAAAUUAUACUUUCAAUAUGCAAGCUGUUGAAAUUUGAUAGAAAGUUAAAUACGCUGUACUUGUCGUUAUUCUGAUUAAAUUACGCUUUAUUUGCGGCUUUAUUAUCAACAUAGGAUUAAUUCGUAACUAGAUGUUCUCUUUUUAUAAUUUGUAUCUGCUAGGUAUAUAAACUAUAUUUUUUAUAGUCUUAAUAUGUAAACUAGAUUUACUAUACAUAGUAGAAAAGUAUGCAAUAAAUUAACUUCAUGGAUGAUUCGUUUACCGUACAAGCCAGAGAGACUAGUAUACAGUAGAUAGUAUAAGGCGUAGGGUCCGUGGGUACAUAAACUCGUCUAAUAUUCUCUAUUUUAACCUUUUUUUUGUUAUAUUCAUCUAAACAAGUGAAAGAAAAUAUAAUAGGUGAUUAUUCACUCUAAAUUCCUUUAAAAGGUGGUCUUAAAAAUACUAAAAAGAUUUUAGUCUACUGCAAAGAUGGUUCACCUUUAUCAACAUUGGCGAUAUUAGAAUUUCUUAUGUGUGAUAGAAAUAUCAAUUUAAGGAAGGCCUAUACUCAAAUGUUAGGAGGAGCUUCAUCUCUUAUGGUGCCUGUUAAUGGACAAUUACAAAAUAUAUUACAAAACUUGGAAAAAAGAUUAGUGGAUAAAGAUAAACAGUCUUGCUGUUUCGAUCAACAAGAACCUUCAUUUACUUUACCAAAGCAUGCCUGGGUGGAUUAAAAUGACUAAUAAAAUUUGCUGCAUGCUUCGGUGUCUGUACUGUCUUUAUGCAAUGUUAUCUUUAUAAAGAAUCAAUUAGCAGUAUUUAUUUGAACUCUCUAAAUCAUAUAUAGAUACGUAUAUACGUAUAUACUGCAUAUAUAUACGUAUACACUGCAUAUAUAUAUGUACGACAUAUUUAAUUACAAG